AUGCAUAACAAGAAACAAGCCAAAAAGCCGAGUGAAAUUGUGGACAAGUGGUUGGAAGAUGCUAUCAAUGACGUACACAAUGUGAAUCAGUUGCUGGAAGAGGCUAAAACACACAAAUAUUGUUGCUUUGGGCACUGCCCAAAUUGGAUUGGGCGAUACCAUGUUGGAAAAAAGUUAGCAAAUAAAACUAUGGACCUCGAAAAGUUCAUUAAAGAGGGUAGAAAAUAUGUGCCAUUUGACCGCAUCGCUACGCUUUCUUCAAACACUCUUGAUAUGCUUUCAGAAAAAUGCAUGACUUUUGAGAGUAGACAAUCUGCUUCCGAGCAACUACUGGAUGCAUUGAAAAAUAAUGAUGUUUCCAAGAUUGGGUUGUAUGGGAUGGGAGGUUAUGGUAAAACCACAUUAGCAAUGGAGGUUAGGAAAAUAGUAGAAGCAGAGCAUCUUUUUGAAAAAGUUCUUUUUGUACCUGUUUCUAGUACGGUGGAAGUUCGGAGGAUUCAAGAAAAGAUAGCAAGUUCACUGCAAUUUGAAUUUCCAGAAACCGAAGAAAUGCAGAGAGCCCAAAGAUUGUGCUCAAGAUUAAUUGAAGAGAAAAAUAUUUUUAUAAUUCUAGAUGAUGUGUGGGAAAAGCUUGACUUUGGUCGUAUUGGGAUUCCUUCUUCUGACCACCAUAAAGGCUGCAAGAUUCUCAUUACAAGUAGAUCAGAAGAAGUUUGUAUCUUAAUGGAUUGUCAAAGAAAGAUUUACUUGCCAAUUUUAACGGAUGAAGAAGCAUGGACUCUUUUCCAAAAUAAAGCACUUAUAACAGAAGCCACCUUUGAUACCUUAAAGGAUAUGGGAAGAUUAAUUUCCAAUGAAUGUAAAGGAUUGUCGGUUGCCAUUUCAGCUGUUGCUUGUAGUUUGAAGGGAAAAGCUGAGACGGAAUGGAGGGUUGCAUUGAAUAAAUUGAGACAUUCUAAGCCAAUGAAUAUUCAAAGAGGUUUUAUUAAUCCCUACAAGUGUCUACAACUGAGCUAUGACAAUUUGGAUACUAAAGAAGCUAAAUCACUUUUCCUGUUAUUUAACAAGAUUGAAAUAGGAUUAGGUGCAGUUGGAGAAGCUCACUCAUAUGAUGAGGCAAGGAGUGAAGUGAUUGCAGCUAAAAUUAAGCUUAUUAGAUGUUGUUUGUUGUUGGAUGCAGAUGAUGAAUAUGUCAAAAUGCAUGACGUAGUUCGUGAUGUGGCCCACAUAAUAGCACAAAAUGAGAAUAAGAUAAUCAAGUGUGAAGAGGAAAAAGAUGUUAUAGUGGAACAAAAUUCAGUAAGAUACCUAUGGUGUGUGAAAUUUCCAAAUGAUUUGGAUUGCUCCAAUCUUGAGUUUUUAUGCUUACGGACAGAGAUGAAAGAAUUUGAUGGAAUUUUUGAGAGAAUGGGAAUGCUCAAAGUUUUGAGUCUAGUCAACUAUGGGGAUGAAAAAACUCCAUUGUCAACAUCAUCUUUCAAAACAUUAACAAAUCUUCGAGAUCUAUUAAUUUCUGGUUGUGAAUUGAGCGACUUCUCAUUUUUAAGCGGUAUGAAGAAUCUUCAAAGUCUCUCGUUAGAUAAUUGUUUACUGCCUUCAUUUCCUGAAAUACAAAUCGGUGUUGCAAUUACACUAAAAUUGUUAGAGUUGAAUGAAUGUGCCAUUAAAGCGAGGAAUUUUGAAGUGAUGAAGAGAAUCCCGCAUUUGGAAGAGUUGUACAUUAUUGAAUGGUAUGCCAGUGAAGACAAUAUUGAAUUCUUUAAGACGUUUAGCGUUCCGGAAACACUACAAAGGUAUGGAAUUGUAUUAGGGUCUCGUAACUUUUAUCAUUAUAAUGAUAGAGAUAUUUACAUUGAUGGCAGAACUUUAUUACUUAACCAUUUUGACAUAUCAAAUGAGGUAAUAAAGGGUUUGGCAAAAAAAGCAAAGAAUCUAUUUGUGGCAAAUAUUCAGGGAGGUGCAACAAAUAUCAUCCCUGAUAUAUUUCAAAUUGAAGGAGGAGAUUUGAAUGAGUUGAAGAAGUUGGAGAUACAUGAUUGUGAAGAGUUAGAAUGUUUGAUUGACACUAGUAGUCGUUCGAGUGAGGUGGUAACUCUCUUCUCCAAGUUGCAUACGUUGAUAAUCGAAAACAUGAAAAGUCUAAAAGCUAUAUGGAAUUGUUUUAUUCCUGCCAAUGGACCUUUUGAGAAGUUAGAGAAGUUGGAUAUAAGUGAUUGUCCACGGUUGACAUCUCUCUUCAUAUAUGUGGUUGCUCGAAAUUUGGUAAAAUUGAAAAUAUUAAAAAUAUCAGGAUGUAAUGAACUGAAGCAUAUAUUAGCAGAUGAUGAAAAAACGGAGAAAGGUCAUGAUGAAUUCAGCAGUGGGCAUCCUGUACAAAUCUUCCAAAAUCUUCAGGAAGUAGAGGUAUAUAGCUGUCCAGAAUUAAAACAUAUAUUCUCGGCCAAAAUUGUUGGAGGGUUAGGUCAAUUGCAAGUGCUCAAGAUAGAAAGAUGUGAGAUGUUAAAUCAAAUAAUUGGGGAUAGAAAAGAAGUUGAUGAAAUCGUUGAGGAAGGAACUCUAUCCAGUCUUGCAAGCCUUGAGAUAAAACGUUGUGGAAAGUUAGGCUCAAUUUUUACAGCAUCUAUAGCUAAGACCUUGACUUCUUUGGAAGAACUGUUCAUAGAAGACUGCAAAAGUUUGAAGGAUAUAGUAACUCACGAAAGCAUUGUUGAGGAUGAGCAUGACAGUCAGAGUGAUAUUUCAAUCUUCCAAAGUUUGAAAAAGCUACAUAUCAGUGAAUGUGACUUAUUGGAGGAUGUUGAUUUCAAAGACUUCUCUAGUCGAAAUAAUACUCAAAUUGAGCUUCCUGCUUUACAAGUACUUGAACUUUAUCGUAUUCGGAACAGAACCAUUGUUGAUAGUUAUGAUGUGAUAUGUCCAUCUUUAAGAAAACUAUCAUUGGAUAUUGGGAGAUAUGUUGGGUUUUUCAACAUAAAUUGUUCAACAGAUGCUUCAGAAGCUACAAAAAGGGAUUCUAUUUCAAUCAAGAUAUCGAACUCGGAUUUUGUUCCGCCGACUGAAAGGCUUUGA